GCUAUUCUUUUAUUUGGCGCACAAAAGUUGUGGUUGUAUUUGGUAUUUGGCAUUCGCAAGUGGCAGAAGCGAUGCGACCACAAAGCCCAUGCACACAUUCACUUUAUUGCACUUCAUACUAACUCUUUUUUCCAAUUCUACCUUUAACUCUUUCUUUUAUUGCACUAUUAGGGCAGCAAGCACUGUUUUCGUUCCUCAGCCAGUACCGCGACAUUGGUAAUCUCGAGUUCAUGGACCUGCCGGCCUCGCUACAGUCGCAGGCGGAGCUGAGGCAGCUCAACGAGGGCGUGCUGCAGCUUCUGCCCGAUAUGCAAGACGUCAGCGGUCGCGCGCUACUGAUGGACCACUUAGUGCAUCAGCUUGACAGCUCGAACCCAAGCAAGCUCAAUGCUAUCCUGAACAUGGCCAACCCGCAUUCCGGCUCAAGCGCCGACCCCAUGCUCUCUGCUGCAUCGGGCAGCAACUCUAUCUACUCCGGCCAAUCGCCGCAGCCAGUAAGCGGGGGUGUCGCCGCAUCCUUUGACCUCACAUCCAGUCCCGAGGACAUGCACAGGAUGGGCAUGACUUCGAUGCCGCUGAACUCGUACAUAAUGUAUUCGCACAACUACCCGGGCAACAGCAUCCCGUCGUACCCGCCGCUGGUGUCGAUGCACAACCCGACGCUGACCGAGUUGGCGUCCAUGCCGGCCAACAACAACAGCGCACCCAUGCCUAUGCCCAUGAGUAACCCGUCAGUGCGCGUAUCCAGCACCCCUCACCGCAUCCCCUCAUUGUCGCCGUCCAUGGGCCGCAUCCCGGAUCCUGCGGUGAGCUUAAGGCCCAUUGCGCGCUCCCGCGGCAUGACCAGCGGCCCCGUGCCGAUGGUGCCGCCUCUAUCACUCUACUCAAACAUCUACACGCCCAUGCAGCUGCAGCAGGCCCAACAGGCGCAGUACGACCAGAUGCAGCAGAACAUGGCCAACCAACAGUACGCCCAGUCGGUAAUGUCUGGCCACCGCCCUGGAGCGCCGUCACUGCCGCCACUCCACGCCGGAUCGUACUCGAAGAAUAAGCUGCCCCUGCCCAAUGCGCAGAUUGACGACCCCGAGGUGCAUAAGGCGCAGAUGAACGCCCUGAUGGCAUACCGUGCCAUGGGGCUGCAAUGCAAGGCACCAGACAGCCAGGACGACGAGGACGACGGUUCUCAGGAACUGUCCUUGGACGAGUGGCUCGACGCAGAGAAACUCACUGAGACCGAGGUCCUGGGCAAUACCAAUAUGCUGACACCAGCGGCCACGCCCAGCACCACCCAGGUCGACGAGCCCGAGCUUGAGGACGCAGAUCUUAGCUCGGAGGCGUAUUACAUGAGCCACCCGUCCGUCAAGAACUCGCUCUUGGUACAGCGCUCGUCGGGCCAGAUGCAGACCAGAACAAUUAAGUCUGAGGACGAGCCCGUGUCGUAUAUGCGCCAGCGCCAGGCACUUGCCGCCAGCAAGGCCGCUGAGAGUGCCAGCGAGAGCAUUGAUGAUAGUGACGGGGGGACCACUGGUGAGAGCGCCGACGAGGAAGUUGAGGAGAUUGGCCGUGAGGAGCUUGUCAACGUCGCUAUGCAGUUGCUCGCGCGCAUCAACAUUUUGUACUUGCGCAAAGUGGAAGAAGAAAAACAGCAGCAGCAAUUGCAGAGCUCUGAGCACGACGAUAUAGAUGAUCUGGAACGCGAACUGGAUGCGAUGAAUAUUGGUGGCAGCGGGUCUGCUGCUCCUGUCAUCAAGGCUGUGGAGGACAACGGGCAGCAGGACAUCAUUAACCGGAUGGCCAAACUUGGACUGUCAACUAGUACCAACAGUGUGUGCGUAUAAUUGACACGCAAAAUUUUUUACAUAUAUUUUUUCUUUAGCUUUUUAUUUUCUUUGUCAUCAUAUAUUUCCAUUCAUAUAUUUUCAUUGUUUUCAUUCUAGUUCAAAAUUUUUAAUAAAUAUUUAACCUAUUUAUCGGACUAA